AUGACCGACGCGAAUGGUACCGGAAAGGCGAAGAAGAGCCUAGUGCUCAAUGCCUUCGUGGAGAUGUGCAGCGGACAUCAGUCUCCUGGACUCUGGAGGCAUCCGGAUGACCAAUCGUGGCGAUUCAAAGAGAUCAGUCACUGGGUAGAGUUGGCGAAGCUUCUCGAGGACGCCAAGUUCCACGGCAUCUUCAUCGCCGACGUACUGGGCGGUUAUGAUGUAUACUCGCAAUCGCUAGAUCCUGCCAAGAUCUCCGGAGCUCAAUGGCCUGUCAACGAACCUCUCGCGCCCAUCUCCGCCAUGGCUGCGGUGACGAAGAGCAUCGGCUUCGGUGUGACGGUGUCGACAACGUAUGAGCAGCCGUACCACCUGGCGAGACGCUUGUCCACGGUAGAUCAUCUCACCAACGGCCGUCUCGGAUGGAACAUCGUGACGAGCUACUUGGACUCCGCGGCCAAGAAUAUGGGCCUCGCCCAGCAGCCCCAGCACGACGACAGGUACGCCCAAGCCGAGGAGUACAUCAAAGUGAUGUACAAGCUCUUCGAGUCUUCCUGGCGCGACGACGCCGUCAAGCUCGACCGUAAGACGGGCGUCUACACCCAGCCCGACCUCGUCCGCAAGAUCGACCACAACGGCCGCUUCUUCAACGUGCCCGGUCCUCACAUCGUCCAGCCCUCCCCGCAGCGCACGCCGCUCCUCCUGCAGGCCGGCACCUCCAAGGCCGGGAAGCAGUUCGCGGCGCAGCACGCCGAGGCCAUCUUCGUCUCGGCGCACGCCCCCGCCGUGUGCGCGAAGAACAUUGCCGAGAUCAGGGAGCUCGCGCGCACUCAGUACGGGCGCGACGGCAACGACAUCAAGGUGCUCGCGCUCGUGACGCCGAUCCUCGGGAAGACGGAGGAGGAGGCGCAGGCGAAGCUGGCGGAGUACCGCAAGUACGCGUCGCACGAGGGCGCGCUGGCGCUGUUCGGCGGGUGGACGGGCAUGGACCUGAGCAAGUACGGCGACGAGGAGGAGCUGCGCGAGGUCGAGAGCAACGCGGUCCGGUCCACGGUUGAGGGUUACGCGAGGUUCUCGCCUGGCACGGCCAAGUGGACGAAGCAUACCAUUGCGGAGCACGUCAGCAUCGGCGGCAACGGGCCGAUCUUUGUCGGUACCGCGGCGCAGGUGGCUGACGGGUUGGAGACGUGGAUUGAGGAGGCCGAUGUCGACGGCUUCAACUUUGCGUACGCACUGUUCCCGCAGUCGUUCAAGGACAUCAUCGACCUUCUCAUCCCUGAGUUGCGGCGCCGUGGGCUGUUCUGGGAUGAUUACGCUGUACCGGGCGGCACGUACAGAGAGAACUUCUACCGCAAGAAGGGCCAGUCCGGGCCGUUGGACGAGCACGUGGCCGCAUCGUACCGGUGGAAGGCGGGUGUUUCGGCUGAAGAGGCGAAGAUUCCGGAGUAG